GUUUGACGAAAGACCGUUUUGGGCCUAGUCAAUAGUAAAAAUUAAAAACUCAAGGCUCUUUGGUGUCCCUUGGUAUUACUAUCGGCCUUUCCCGAUGCUCUUUCUUCUUCAUCUUGAAACUCGCGAUUCCUUCUUCUCCUUCUAGGGUUUAUUACUAAGGGUUUCUCUAUCCUUAAAUCUCAUCUCUGUCCUUUCUUCUUCUCCAGAGCGUCGUUCACUGUUCUCUCUCUAAAACCUAGGGUUUUCGAUCUUUUCAUCUUCUGGUAAAAUGGAUAGAUACCAGAGAGUCGCUAAACCGAAACCAGAGUCUCCGAUUAACGAGAAUGAGAUCCGUAUCACCAGUAAAGGCCUUAUCCGAAACUACAUCAGUUAUGCCACCAGUCUUCUUCAGGAGAAAAGUGUUAAAGACAUUGUGUUGAAGGCAAUGGGGCAGGCAAUCAGCAAGACUGUGGCUAUCUCUGAGAUACUAAAAAAUAAAAUCCCAGGUUUGCAUCAAGAUAUUGCAAUCAGUUCUAUUAGCAUUACUGAUGUCUGGGAGCCUACUGAGGAGGGUUUGUUUCCGGUGGAGUUGACGCGCCAUGUUUCCAUGAUUUCAAUCACAUUGUCAUUGAGCGAGCUAAACAAAGAUUCUCCUGGGUAUCAAGCUCCAGCACAGUCAGAUCAGUCUAAGCCUCAAUAUCAGCCACAACAAGGGAGACAAGCCCGCCUACCAUACAAUGCUUAUGGUGAAGAUUCGUAUGGGAGAGGGAGAGGUCGUGGCAGAGGGAGAAGCAGGGGAAGAGGUGGAUAUGGAAACUACCAAGGGAGUUAUGAAGGAAAAGACCAAGGGAACUAUCAAGAAGAUUAUCAAGACAAUGAAGGUGGGUAUUCAAACUCGGGCAGAGGCCGUGGACGUGGUGGACGAAGCUAUGGCUAUCGUGAUUCUGGAUAUCAGGGUGGCAGAGGCGGGUAUGGUGGUGGGAGAGAUGGUGGAUAUGGUGGUGGGAGAGAUGACGGGUAUGGGGAAAGGAGAAAUGACGGGUAUGGGGAAAGGAGAAAUGACAGGUAUGGUGGAGGAAGAGACGACGGGUAUGGUGGAGGGAGAGAUGACGGAUAUGGUGGAGGCAGAAACGAUGGAUAUGGGGGAAGAAGAGGCGGAUUUCGUGGCGGUCGUGGUGGAGGCAGAGAUGAAGGAUACGGUGGCGGCCGAGGUGGAUAUGGAGGUAGAAGUGGCGGCCAAGGUGAUGGGUAUGGCGGAGGCAGAGGUGACGGGUAUGGUGGAGGCAGAGGUGACGGGUAUGGUGGAGGCAGAGGUGAUGGCUAUGGUGGUGGCCGAGUUGAUAGGUAUGAUGGAGGAAGACGUGAUGGCUAUGGUGGAGGCCGAUAUGAUGGCUAUGGUGGGGGUAAAAGUGAUGGUUAUGGAGGUGGCCGAGGCGGAUACCGUGGAGGUAGAGGCGGAUAUGGUCGUGGACGUGGAAGGAUGGGUAAUGGUGGUCGUUCAAGGGAUGGUGCUAGUAACCAAAACGAAGCCUAAGCUGUUUCAUAUCCCAUUUUCUAAGCUGUAUGGGUUAGCUGCUGCAUAUUUUUCCGUUGCCUUAAAGACCCUUCAAAUUCUUAGCACAAUCCCAAGGGGUUUGAUAUGUUUUAAAAAAGGUUAUGGUUAAGUUAUGUGAUCUUCGGAGGACGGUUCUGUAAAACUCCCUUUGGGUAAUAUCCAUAUCAAAGCCUAAGGGAGUUUAAGGAAGGGGGGUUCCUUUUUUGGUUUGUUCUCUUUACCUUUCUUCUGCACAAAUUUAGCUAAGUGCAAAAAUAAUCUUUUGUUGCAUCUUGUAAUUAGCUAUGGGUUAUGGUUUGCUUUUGUGUUUAGUAUUUGUCCAAAUUUCUCCCUAUAACGUGUCAAAAUAAAUGGUUUUCUAAGGGAGAAAAGAUUUAGUGCAGAUAUUGGAAGGAGUAAAAAAACAAAAAGAGA